AUCUCGCGCGAGUUCGGGGUAUAGUGGACACUUCACUCUGGACUCCUUUGGACUCUCGGUCCUUCAGGAAUCUUCAGCUGAGGAUCUCCCUUCCUCCUGGAGGGUUCCUGCGGCGUCUGUUGCGAGCGUCUCGAAAGGAGACUGGACUCUCUAGGAUACAUUCUUCUCUCUCUGGUUUGGGGAUGUCCUGUUGCUAGGUAUACAAGGAACUCUCGCUGGGAUAUCCUACCGCAUUUGUUCUUCUCUCUUCAACAGAAACAGCAGUAAUUUGGAGGUUUUGUUUCGCUAUAACGCAGUGGCAUUCAGACACUAUAAUCAUCGUUCUAUCGAUCUAGACGCACGCGCGAGUGCAGAGUUCUUCCACAAGUGGUCAGGGUGAAAUUGACCAGAGUGAAAACGGAACCCCGAGCAACCAGGAAACAGGUUUGUGCAACUUCUCCGACGAACUGUUAACGUCUUUUUUCACAGUUUUUUUUUUUUUUUUCACCUUUCAACCAACUGCAGUUUCACAAGCAUGAGGACGAAGACGUUGUUCCUCCUGGCCAUAUUCCUGCUGGGUUUCGCCUCUGGACGAACGCGGGCGUCUAAACUGGACAGGAUCAAGAAGCAGUUGGCUGCCUACUUGAAAGAGGCCCCAGUGACGAAUACUUACGACGAGAUCCUAGAAGAAGAAGAGAGCGAGAAGGAGCGUCUCGAAGUGACCACCUCCUUCACGACGAAUCUCGAUCGAAAAUCAACAGAAGAAAAAAUAGAGGAAGAAGAAGUCCCGUCCCUGCAGGACGUUCGAGAGGAGAAAGUAGCAGCGUCAGGAGAUGCCCCAACCGACAGCCACUCGAUCUCUCUCCUGACGGACAUCAGAGGCCUCCUCUACAGUCUGCGGGAGGACCAGAACAAGGGCCAGACGCAGCAGGAGCACUACCAGAGUCUGGAGGACAUGGCGCAACAGGCCCAGGCGUCCGUCAGAGCCAUGGCCGAGGACGUCGAGCGAUACAGGGCCUUCACUGACGAGAAGAUCCAACUGGUUCUGGAGACGUUCGCCACCUUGAGGCUUCUGGUUGUCAGCCAGGGCAGCCAGUUGAAAGAGGCCCUGGACAGACUGGAAGCCCUGGAGGGAAGGGCGGACAUCUUGGAGAGCCAGGUAUCCGAAGCCCAGACGCCCCUCGGGCCGACCAGGACCAGCGAGAGGUUCGGAGGACAGAGACCAGGGGUGGUAGAGGUGCCUCCUCUUACAGGCGUCACAAUCAUGAACAACAAGAUCGUCGACCUCACCAGGACGGUGAACACGCUGCAGAAGGAGGUCAGGAGCCUGAGGGUGAACGUGACGGAGCUGGUGGCCCUGUCCCAGGUGAUCACGGUCCACGAGAAACCUGCCUCCUCCUCCUCCUCCCCGUCCCUCCUACCUUCUGCGCCUCCAACUUCUUCUGCCACUCCCACGGGAUCUCCAGCGUCGUCGCCGGCGCCACAAGACCACAAGCAGUGCCAAUGCGACCUAGAGGGCGUGGGGGCGUCCAUCAAGAAGAUAGAGGAAGAGCAGGCGGCGCAGAGGAGCUUCGCUGACGACCUGAGGAAGAACCUGACCCUCCUGACGGGGCAGGAACGCCAGAGGGUCGACUCGACUUUCACGAACAGACUCGGGGAAGUGGAGGGGUCGCUCAGGGACCUCAACGCCGUCAGGAGGGAGGUGACCGCCGUCAAGGAGAACCUGAAUUCCAUCCAGAAGGAGCUCGGGGGCGUGGCCGGGGUCAAGGGCGUCCUUGGGAGUUCCUUCGUCAACCUGGGAAUGAAAGGCCUGUGCGUGUGGCCUUAUACCAGGAACGGCGACAGCUGCUUCUUCAUCCAGGUCACCAAACGCCUCAACUGGAAGGCUGCCAGGGACUACUGCAGGACCAUCCAGGGUGACCUGGCUGCUCCGGCAUCCUUCGACGACUUGAAGAACUUCAUCGGCAAUCAGAGAAUGAGCCGCACAUACUCCUACUGGCUGGGGGCCUCCGACUUCGAGGUGGAAGGCGCGUGGACCUGGGUGAACGGCCAGCCCCUCUUCCAGAACUCGACUCUGUGGGCGCCGAACUACCCGAGCGAGAAUACCUUCUCCAACUGCCUGUCCUUCAAGCCUAACAAUCGUUACGAGAUCCUGGCCACAGACGAGGAGUGUAGGAUCAGUCGCUACUUCAUCUGCCAGCAGGAGAGGCUCGUCUGAGGGUCCUCAUGGAUCCUUCGGACGAAAGUUGGUCGUUUUCCAGGACGCUGAAGGAAGCUGGCAGGUGUCGUGGAAAACGUCCUCUCAGACGAAAGAUGCCUUUUGUGAUGUCGCUCGGUAACUGAGCUUAUUUAUUCGUUGACAUUUAUUUUCAGGGUGAUCUAGUAUAGCAUAAUUUAUUUAUUUAUUUAUCUAUAAGUUGAGAUAUCUCUUGGUCUCUGGAAGACACUAACCUCGCUUAGGGCUGACCAGCUCAUCUCCCCAAAAGCUCCCUUCUUCCCAAGAUAGAUUUAUCUAUCUCCACAAAAAGCUGGUCACUUGUCACUAGUCAGUAGAGGGCCACCUUGUGUGCAAUUUUCGUCUGAAUUAUUCUAUGACCUUUGGAGUGGUCUAGUUCUGGAAACACUAAAGGGCUUAGCUGGUAGGUACCUCAGCUGCUGGGUGACUUUAGAAGUUCGUCUUCGUGGCCAAACAUUGUCCUAAAGAGCAACUCAAAAUCCUACAUAAAUUCAUUCCGUCUACAGGGCUUUGCUUAGCGUUUCCAAGACUAAACUUCACACCAGUAGCAUCGAAUGUUUCAACAAAAACUGCUGUAGUGACAUUGGUCAAUGACAAUGACCCUUUCAAAUGACCCAUCUUGACCUCCUGAACUUCUCUGUGCGAGGUCACAGGUUAUUGGAAAAUCCAAGUAUAUAUGAAUAUACUUAUGGUAAAAUAUCCACUUGUUAUGAAUAACUGUUAAGUUUUUUUUACACAAUGA